GACCACAGCACCACCUACUUAUAGAAGCAUCCCGAGCCUCUGCCGGUCUGCAUCUCCAUCGGAAAGUGUGCUCGCCACAUCCCUUCGGAUCACUUCGGCCUCACAGUAGGGAUCCGUCUCCUACAGUUUGGAAAGGGAGAAGCCUCAGCUGUGAAGGGAACGCGUAGAAAGCCCAGGAAGCGGCACAAUCGCACAGGGCGCAGGGUGAGAGCGGGCGCACCCCUCGCCCGGGACGGCACUCGCGGGCCGGGACGGAGCAUCCCAGCGGCUGCAGACGCGCUCGUUCCUCCGCGCUCCUGCCUGGCGCCGCCGGCCCGAAGGACCCUCAGCGCACGCCGACUCCGAGGCGGCCACCGGAGUCCCGGAGCUGCCAGGAGCGCCCGGCGGGUCUCCGCGAACUUUUCCCCAGCCCACGUGCUAACGAAGCGGCUCGCUCCCCGAGCCCGGGAUGGAGCGCCGCGCCUAGGCACGCCGCGCCGCCCGAGACCUACGUGCGCACGGUUCGCGGCGGAGAGAUGCUGAUCGUGCUGAACUGACCGGUGCGGCCCGGGGCUAGUGGCGACUCUGCCUCCGGGGUCCCCCCCAGCAGCGCGGCCGGCGCCGGCUCCUCGGACGAGCCCUCCAGUUCCCCGACUUUGAGAGGCGUCUCUCCCCCGCCCGACCGUCCAGAUGCAGUUUCGCCUUUUCUCCUUUGCCCUCAUCAUUCUGAACUGUAUGGAUUACAGCCACUGCCAAGGCAACCGAUGGCGACGCAGUAAGCGAGGUGGGUCACUCUCUGCCGAAGCUAGUUACGUAUCAAAUCCCAUUUGCAAGGGUUGUUUGUCUUGUUCAAAGGACAAUGGCUGUAGCCGAUGUCAACAGAAGUUGUUCUUCUUUCUUCGAAGAGAAGGGAUGCGCCAGUACGGAGAGUGCCUGCACUCCUGCCCGUCGGGGUACUACGGACACCGAGCCCCAGACAUGAACAGAUGUGCAAGAUGCAGAAUAGAAAACUGUGAUUCUUGCUUUAGCAAAGACUUUUGUACCAAGUGCAAAGUAGGCUUUUAUUUGCAUAGAGGCCGUUGCUUUGACGAAUGUCCAGAUGGUUUUGCACCAUUAGAUGAAACCAUGGAAUGUGUGGAAGGAUGUGAAGUCGGUCAUUGGAGCGAAUGGGGAACAUGUAGCAGAAAUAAUCGCACAUGUGGAUUUAAAUGGGGUCUGGAAACCAGAACACGGCAAAUUGUUAAAAAGCCAGCAAAAGACACAAUACCAUGUCCAACCAUUGCUGAAUCCAGGAGAUGUAAGAUGACCAUGCGGCACUGCCCAGGAGGGAAGAGAACACCCAAGGCCAAGGAGAAGAGGAAUAAGAAAAAGAAGAGGAAGCUGAUAGAAAGAGCCCAGGAGCAACACAGUGUCUUCCUAGCUACAGACAGAGCUAACCAGUAAAAUAAAAGACACACAUGGUAGAUUUUGGGGGUUUUUUGUUUUUGCAAAAGUGCACAAAGCUACUCUCCACUCCUGCACACUGGUGUGCAGCGUUUGUGCUGCUCUGACCAGUAUCUGUUCCCAGUAACAUGGUGAAAGGAAGCGCCCCAAGCGUGGCCUCUGUGUUAUUUAUGCUUUGAUUUGAAUCUGGAGAUUGUGAAGGCAGGAGUAAGUGCACGGCCUGCGCCUUGGCUCAGUGUGUGCUGAGAGACUCCACCCCUGGCGCCAUGGGCACGCGAGAAGUGUGAGGCUGCAGGCCACCACUGGAGCACGGACAUGUGCCUAUUUAUGUGAAAGACGAUGCUCUCGGCAGGCAGAGUGCUAUUCACUUGUGACCUUCAUUUCUCACAGUGUGCAUUUUCAAGGAUACGUGUUUGUGGAUAUCUGCUUAGUGUUACCACAUGGUGUUCUCAGCAUCUGUUACCUCCAUACUGUUGUGUGAUGAAACUGCUUUUAGCUGGGGAUAUGCUCCGGAAAUUCCUGCUCAGUUUCACGGCAGCCCUGAUAUGUACAUAUUCUGCUGGGGCUAUAUGUAUCUAGCUCUUAUUUACUGUAUAUUUAUGCUUUCUUGUGCGUAAGAAGUCAUACCCGAUUAACAUGACGUCACUUUGUUUCUAGUGGGUC